AUGCGUUUCACAACUACUCUCGGAUGGCUCCUCCUCACUGGAGCGACCUUCACUUCUGCUGCGACGAGCUCAUCGGGCUCUAGUGCUACUUCUUCUGCUGGUGCUAGCUCUUCCUCUGGCGCAUCGUCGUCGUGCUCAUUGUCCUCUGGGGAUACCCAAGUUCUCCAAUUCAGCUGGGUUCUCUCCGACUUCAUUCAAAAGUUCUACGCAUCCAUGCCUGUCAACGAGAAUGUUGCCUCUCAGCUGCAGAAUAGCACUAGUGCCAGCAAGGCUCUUUCCAAUCUCCAGGGCCUUGAGAAGCAAAACAACCUCAGCGUUGAGGCCGUCCAGCAACUCGGCUCGCAGGCACCCAACUUUAAGCAACCGAAGUGCUCCUACACCAUUCCAAAAGCAGACAGUAUUCCAGCUUUUGCAAUGUUCGCCUAUCAGAUUGAGUCUACACUAUCCGGUGGCUUUAUUGGUCUGGCUGGCUAUACCCAAUCUCCGGAGGUGUCCUUCCUCCUGGCUCGUUUGGCGGCUGAACACAGUGCCCAUGCCACUUGGAUUGGCAGUCGCGUGAAUUCCUCCAUGUUCUCGCCCAGCAGCAAUUCCCUGGUGGAUGCAUACUCUCCUACCCAGAUCCUUCAGUCGAAAAACCAGACGGGAAGCCUUGGCCAAUACUUGAAUGGUUGUGUGACUGCACCUAACAACCCGUGCGGUACGCUUCAAAUUGGACCUCUGGACGCCACUGUGACGUCCAGCGCGGCGAGCAGUUCCGGAACUUCUAAGCGCCGAUUCUAA